AUGGAGAAGGAUGGCACCUUGCCCUUCCUGGACACGCUCGUGAUUCGACACGACGAUCAAUCCGCAACGACCAAGUGGUACUCCAAACCCAUAUCGUCCGGCCGCCUACUCAACUACCACUCGUUCCAUCCAACAGCCAUGAAAAUGAACGUAGCGAUGAACUUUAUGAAACGCGUAUUGCAGCUCUCCACGGAUGGCCAAAUCGAACAACAGAAGAAUCAGAUUUUCCAAAAUCUGUGGAGAAACGAUUAUCCCUCGUCGCUCAUAAACAGGAUGAUGAACCGCAUUACCAACAACAAUGCGCCUCCACCACCCACUCGCCAAAGACCACCUCCACCACCACCGCAUCGCUCUCCAUCACCGCCAUCCCCAGAACCACCACCUCCUGCGCUGCCACAAAUCACGCCAACGUCAACACUGCUGCUGCCAUCUCCGCCACCUCCACCACCACUACAGACACCGCUACCGAAUCCAUCGCCACCGAAUGCUGCAAAUCCACCAACAGAACAACAACAAAUUAACAGCACGCAACGAGAUCAUCAUCACCAAGUCACAGAAGUCCCCUAUCGAUCGAUGCCAAACAUUCCAACACUAACCCGUACCAUCUCCAUCAUCCUGAAAAAAGAUUAUGAUCAGGUAAAAAUAGUCACCAGAAACAUCAAAACAACAAAAUCCCUGCUAAAAACAAUCAAAGACCCAGUCCCCCCAAAUGAUCAACAUAACGUUGUCUACAGUACUCCAUGCAAUAACUGCGAAAGAGUCUAUAUCGGAAUGAAUAGCAACCAACUCAAAAAGCGAAUGAGCGGACACAAAUCAGAUGUAAACAAGAUUGUUAACACACCAACAGACAUAACUCAUGCAAAAACAGCUCUCACACAACACAUGAUCGAACACAACCACACCUUCAAUCUCGAUGGCACAAAAAUAGUAGAUCGCACUUUCCGAUCAACAGCCCUACCAAUAUUAGAAAUGUGCCAUAUACAGAACACAUCUAAUACCAUAAAUUUCCGCACCGACGUAGAUGGCCUCAAUAUAGCCUAUGCUGGCAUAUUGCAUACAAUCAAAAAAGCCAACUCUCGCAGAGAGCAACCUAGCAAUAGCACACACAGCACACACAAUUAA